UGUGAAUGGUCUUUAAAGGGGGUGAGGCCCUACCUGGAGUACCCCCUGGCGAUGGUUGUGUGAACGAGGCUUGGGCUCUGAAGGUCACUCAACUGCUAUCACGCCGGAUGGGAUGCUAGGCUGGCUCCAGCAGGCAGGCACCCUUUCCCCAUUUCAUCUAUCCUGCACUGUUUUCAUGCAAAUCAAAGGACAGGAUCGAAAGAUUAAGAACAGGCUGGACAGGUCUGUCUGUUAGAAAUUAGAAGAUGGAUAUCCGACCGAACCACACACUUUACAUCAAUAAUGUGAAUGACAAAAUUAAGAAGGAAGAAUUGAAAAGAUCUUUAUAUGCGCUGUUUUCUCAGUUUGGUCAUGUAGUGGACAUCGUUGCUCUGAAGACAAUGAAAAUGAGGGGACAGGCCUUUGUUAUAUUUAAAGAGCUUGGGUCAUCCACAAAUGCCCUCAGACAAUUACAAGGAUUUCCAUUUUAUGGUAAACCAAUGCGCAUUCAGUACGCAAAAACAGACUCCGAUGUCAUUUCAAAAAUGCGUGGUACGUUUGCGGAUAAAGAGAAGAAGAAAGAGAAAAAGAAAACCAAGUCACUAGAACAGUCUGCUAGCACUGCAAACAAAAAGCUAAAUCAGGGAGCAAACCAGCCAGCAAAUGCUCAAGCAAACUCAGCACAGAAUCAACAGGUGCCUGAUAAUCCACCAAACUAUAUCCUGUUCCUCAACAAUUUGCCGGAGGAGACAAAUGAAAUGAUGCUGUCGAUGCUGUUUAAUCAGUUCCCUGGUUUCAAAGAAGUGCGUUUGGUUCCUGGGAGACAUGAUAUUGCAUUUGUGGAGUUUGAAAAUGAAGGACAGGCAGGCGCUGCCCGGGAUGCACUCCAAGGAUUUAAGAUUACCCCCUCACAUGCCAUGAAAAUAACUUAUGCCAAGAAGUGAUGGAAGUAAAAUAAGAAUCCUCCAAGGCCAGAGGGGGGUUGUUUGUGUUUUGACAGGUUGAAGUGUGGUUCUUUAUGUUUGAAGGACCCUCUUUGUACAAAAUUAUAAUUCAGUAGGCACUGUGAGAAUUCUAAAUGCAUUUAAGGAAUGCUGGCUGUUAAUUUUUCUUUAUGUAUUCUUAAGUUUUUUUUUAUAUGUCCCUAAGUUCUUCACAGCGAAGUUCGAGAAUAAAGCUGCAUUUAUUUCUUAAA